AUGUCAAAAAAUACCGGAAACUUUUUGACAUUAUAUGAAGCGAUAGAAAAAUUCUCUGCUGAUGGAAUGAGAAUGGCGUUGGCAGAUGCAGGAGAUGGAAUAGAGGAUGCUAAUUUUAUGUGUGACAUGGCCGAUGCUGGUUUUCUCCGUCUUUAUCAAUUUUUAGAUUGGACUAAAAUUUUAUUGGGUAAAAAGGCCACUGUUCCAAAGCCUUUAUUACGUUCUGGUGAAAUUGAGACAUUUGCAGAUCGUGUAUUUGACAACGAAAUGAAUCGAUUAAUUGAACUUACUGAGGAACAUUAUGAGAAGACAUUUUAUAAGGAAGCCCUUAAAACUGGUUUCUUUGAAUUUCAGAAUGAUUUAAUUGUAAAUUCAAAAUGGCCAACAAUUUCGACAGUUGAUAAAUUAUUACUUCAACAAAGCAGUUUUGUUAAUAAUGCCAUUAAAGAAUUUCGUCAACGUAGAGAUGCAAAACUUAAUCCGAAAAAGAAAGACCCAAAGAAAGCAUUACUUCCGCCCAAAGCUGCAACUAUAUAUUUUACAAAGAAAUAUCCAGAAUGGAAGGAGAAGGCAAUUAAUUUAAUGAGAAAACUUUAUGAGUCAAAUAACUCAACAUUGCCAGACAAUCGUGAAAUUAUGGAGCUUUUAAAUACAACACAAUUACCUGAAAAGAAAGAAGUAAUGCCUUUUGUUCAAUUUGUUCGUGAACGUGUUGCCCAAAAUGGAAGCGCUGCUUUAAGUGUAGAUGAAGAUUUUGAUCAAAAAGAUGUUUUAGAACAAAUUAGAGACUAUUUAUUGUGUACACUACAAUUGGAAAAACUUGAUAUUGUUGAUAUUGCUAAUGCAACAGAUAAUGCUAAAGAAGUUGUUGAAGUUAUUAAAUCAUGCUCGCCUGGUUCUCCUUUAAUUAUCUACAAUUUUGAAAUGAAGUAA